AUGAACAUGAGAUUGUCCCAAGUGACAAGACAUAAUUAUAUCUCUAAAGGUGGUUAUCAGAUCACAGUGGACAACAAAAAGGUUAAAACACCAGCGGGAAAUCUUCUUGUUGUUCCAAGCAAACCUCUAGCCAUGGCAGUUUCUGUAGAGUGGAAUUCUCAGGUUGACACCAUCAAACCAGCAAAUAUGCAUCUGACUUCUCUCAGCAACACUGUGAUUGACAAUCCACGGACAAGAAAUCAUGAUCAGCAAGUCUCUCAUAUUUUAGAAUUUUUGAGCUCAGACAGUAUUUGUUUUUUUGGGGAUGAACCUGAAGAGUUAGUAGAUCUACAGAAAAAAGAAUGGAUACCUAUCAUGGAAUGGUUCAACAAAAAGUAUUCAGUGCCUGUUAAACCAAGUCAUGGUCUUCUUGCAGUAGCCAUACCAGAUGAUGCUGAGGAAAGACUGAAGGCUCAUCUGACACCACUUGACAGCUGGUCCCUAAUGGGCCUCGAGUUUUCUGUAGAAACACUAAAGUCGUUUAUUCUUACAAUGGCACUCAUCGAAAAUCACCUCACAGUGGAAAAAGCUGUUAAUUUAUCCAGAUUAGAGCUGGAAUUUCAGAUAAGCCGCUGGGGUAGUGUAGAGUGGGCGCACGAUCUGGAAUUGAUGGAGACCAGGAGUAGGGUGGCUGCGGCGGUUUUGUUUUACAGUCUGAAUAACAGAGAUAGAACGUUACCGUCAAGUUCAUAAUUACCUGGCUUUACAGGGUAUCAACCUGCUUUCAGUUUGCUCCUUUUGAUGUACUUCGACAGUGGUCAAUAACUUCUUUGUAGGAAUAUGUCAGGUUAACAAUUCAAUGGAAAAAAAGUGGUAUUUUAACAGAAAAGAUAACGGAAAUUGAAAGAGCUUGUUAGUUUUGUUUCUUUUUAUGGAGAGGAUCCUUGGUUUACUAGUUUAGAAGCUUACCGGUUAUUUUUUUUUGUUGUUGAAAUUCCUUUUGAGCCUUACAGCGAAUUUCUAUCAUUUUUUCUUUAAAUUUUUACUUCGAACUUUUAAAUUUACAAGCAUGCAAAAAACAGGCAUAGAGGAUAUUUAAUCUACUGAAUAAAACAACAUUCAGCUACCAGAAA